UUCCCCCUUCUCUCUUAACUCUUAUCCUCCUUAUAUUUGUGAGUUUCAGAAAUUCUCCAUUUUAAUUCAACAACAUGAGAGAAGUUAUCAGUUUGAACGUCGGCCAGGCUGGUUGUCAGAUCGCCAAUUCCUGCUGGGAGCUGUACUGUCUCGAACACGGUAUCCAGCCUGAUGGAUACUUGACCGAAGAACGCAAGAAGGAUGACCCCGACCACGGCUUCAGCACUUUCUUCUCUGAGACCGGCCAGGGCAAAUACGUCCCUCGCACCAUUUACUGCGAUCUCGAACCCAAUGUUGUCGACGAGGUCCGCACUGGCACCUACCGCAGUCUUUUCCACCCGGAGAACCUCAUCACCGGCAAGGAGGAUGCCUCUAACAACUAUGCCCGUGGUCACUACACCGUUGGUAAGGAGAUGAUCGACCAGGUCCUCGACAAGGUCCGCCGCAUGGCCGACGCCUGCUCGGGUCUCCAGGGCUUCCUCGUUUUCCACUCGUUCGGUGGUGGUACCGGCUCUGGUUUCGGUGCUCUGUUGAUGGAGCGCCUCUCGGUCGACUACGGCAAGAAGUCUAAGCUCGAAUUCUGUGUUUACCCUGCUCCUCAAAACGCCACCUCCGUUGUUGAGCCUUACAACUCUAUCCUGACUACCCACACCACCCUGGAGCACUCCGACUGCAGUUUCAUGGUCGACAACGAGGCCAUCUACGACAUCUGCCGCCGCAACCUCGGCAUCGAGCGCCCUGGCUACGAGAACCUGAACCGCCUGAUUGCCCAGGUCGUUUCUUCCAUCACCGCUUCUCUGCGUUUCGAUGGCUCCCUCAACGUUGAUCUGAACGAAUUCCAGACCAACCUGGUGCCCUACCCCCGUAUUCACUUCCCUCUGGUGGCUUACGCCCCCGUCGUCUCCGCACAGAAGGCUUCCCACGAGGCCAACUCUGUCAACGAGAUCACCAUGUCCUGCUUCGAGCCCAACAACCAGAUGGUCCGCUGCGACCCCCGCAACGGCAAGUACAUGGCCACCUGCUUGCUGUACCGCGGUGAUGUCGUCCCCAAGGAGUCCCACGCUGCUGUCGCUACCCUCAAGACCAAGCGCACCAUUCAGUUCGUCGAUUGGUGCCCCACUGGCUUCAAGAUUGGUAUCUGCUACCAGCCUCCUCAACAGGUGCCCAACGGUGACCUUGCCAACCUUAACCGUGCUGUCUGCAUGUUGUCCAACACCACUGCCAUCUCCGAGGCCUGGUCCGCCCUUGACCACAAGUUCGACCUUAUGUACUCCAAGCGUGCUUUCGUGCACUGGUACGUGGGUGAGGGUAUGGAGGAAGGUGAAUUCUCGGAGGCUCGUGAGGAUCUGGCCGCCCUGGAGCGUGAUUACGAGGAAGUUGCCAGCGACUCCUUGGAGGAGGAGGAGGGUCUCGAGGCCGAGUACUAAGUAUGAGAGUUUGAGUUGUGUUAGAUGGUUAAUAUUGUAGUGGUUCGCAUGCGAACCAGGCGUUAAGUCCCAGGUUAUAACUUGAUUCUGGCCGCAUGCAAAUAGGAGAGAAGAUUGGCUUAGUCCAGACUACAUAUGGGUUUUCUCUGUCUGAUAUAUUUUUUAAUAUCCCCAGCAGCGAAGAAUUUACCGCUCGUUUCGUUUUAUUUUCUUCUUUCUUGCGGCAUACUAUUUUUCGCCGUAUGUCCAGCGACUAUUCCAGAUAAAAAUCACAGAGGAAUCUCCGCACUUGACACUCCCACU